AUGUCCUCUCUGUACGUCCACCAGAUGAACCACACGGGUGAGCUGCCGUAUUUGUGUUCGCACUGCGGUCGAGGGUUCAAGACCUCCGGCAGCCUGAGCGCGCACGUCCACAUACACACAGGAGAGAGACGCUACAAGUGUCACAUUUGCGGGAAGACGUCGAUCCAGCAUCUCGCGAGACACAUGCGGAUGCACCGCGGGGAGAAGAACUACCUGUGCACAGAAUGCGGGAAGGCCUUUCUCUCCUCCGGGGAGUUGAAGCUACACAUGAGGUAUCACACCGGCGAGCGUCCGUACAAGUGCAAACACUGCGGGAAAGGUUUCGUGGCAAAGUGCCUUUUGACGGUUCACAUGCGCAGACACACAGGGGAGAGUCCUUACAAGUGUUUAGUGUGCCCGAAGGCGUUUCAUACUUUGAGGGCACAGAAAAAACACAUGAAGAUCCACUCCAACUUAAAGUCGUUCCAGUGUUUGAAGUGUGGUAAAAUAUUCAGGCAUGCGGACACUUACAAAAUGCACGUUAAAACACACAAAUGA